GGUAACUACAAAUUGAUCAGAAGCUUUCUGCUGCUGCCAUUAAAAGCCCACCAAGUUCUUCCUCCUCCAAAGAGAAGGAUGGAAAGAAGAAGAUUCUCCAAACCCAGAAACCAUUUCCUCCCAAUCUUCAAUUCCAAUUUGGGGAGAGGAUAAAAAAAACCCCUAAGACCCAUCUCUUAAUCGAUCUUCUUCUGAGUGAUGGGUGUGAGCUGCGGUUGUUCCCACACUUCACACAUCACAGAAAUCAUAAUCACCAGCUUCUUUCGCCAUAAGCCUUAAGAUUACUCUCAAAAUCACAGACCCACUGGAUAAUCUUAUCCGUUUUUCUUGAUGGCAGUUUGAAAGAAGGAAUCAUUUCUUUGUCUUUAGGCUUAUGGCGAGUCGGAGGGUCUACGGUGGCGGUGGUGGCGGCGACGACGGUGGUAGUAUAAGUGGUGUUUCUUCUAAUCAUUGUGUUUUACUUCAGAAUCGUGGAGGGUCUUUUGCUUCUGAGCCUCUUAAUGCUCUGUUCCUUUCUGGGUCAUCUUCUUCUACUUCCCCUUCUCUGCUUGAUUGUUCUGGUGUAGGUUCAAGAUCCAUGAUGAGUUUCGAAGAUAUUCGUGGAGGAAAUGGAUCGAAUAGAUCGUUCUUUUGCCCGUUCGAUAGUGAAGAUAAUGGGGAUGAAGACUUGGAUGAUUACUUUCAUCACCCUGAAAAAAAGAGGCGUUUAACUGUUGAUCAAGUCCGGUUCCUCGAGAAAAGUUUCGAGACUGAGAACAAGCUCGAACCGGAAAGGAAAGUUCAACUAGCAAAAGACCUUGGGCUGCAGCCUCGUCAGGUUGCUAUAUGGUUUCAAAAUCGUCGAGCUCGAUGGAAAACAAAACAGCUGGAAAAGGACUAUGAGGCCCUUCAAUCCAGCUAUGGAAGUCUUAAGGUUGACUAUGAAAACCUACUCAAGGAGAAGGAUUCACUAAAAGCUGAGAUUCUUCUCCUAACAGACAAACUGCAACACAGACAAAAAGAAAGAGGAAACUCUGUGCUGUCUGAAGUUGACAAAUUUGGUGAAGAACCACCUCAUAAUCUGGUUGUUGAUUCACAUUUGGAUGAUGAAUUCUCCAAAUCUUCAAAGCUGGGUUGUAAGCAAGAGGAUAUCAGUUCAGUCAAAAGUGAUAUAUUUGAUUCAGAUAGCCCACACUACACUGAUGGGGUUCACUCUUCACUCCUAGAGCCUGGAGAUUCUUCCUAUAUUUUUGAUCCCGAUCAAUCCGAUUUAUCGCAAGACGAAGAAGAUAACUUGGGAAAGAAUCUAUUGCCCCCUUACAUCUUCCCAAAGCUCGAAGAUGUCGACUACUCUGACCCGCCCACAAGUUCUUGUAAUUUUGUAUUCCCCAUUGAAGACAAUGCCCUUUGGUCCUGGUCUUAAUGAGUCUUUUUCUGUGUUGUGCUUUCUUUCCUGUACCAUCUUCUUUACCUAAAAGCAUGUUUUUUCUAGUAUUUUGAAGUAAUAAAUCAUGAUCCAAGCAAUGGUAGACCAAGCCCACUGUCAAGCCGGGUUUAGUUUCUGUGGACGAUUUCGAUCCAUCCUGUAAUCUUCUUGGGUUUUGGUUGAGGGUGGUUUCUAUUGUUAUAUAAUCCUUGUUUCCUUUUAAUGUGAGUAAAUAAUAUCAUCUCAAUUAUUGUUGGAA